AUGCCGAGAGGCAAAAGGCACUCAAAGCCCGCCCGAAAGAAAAUCCGACCACAAUGCUCGGCACUGACGCGUUCCUACGAUGCAUGCAAAAAUCGAGCGACUUCCUCACGAGCGCGGCAGGGACUCCCAGUGUGCUGGUCUCAUAGAAAGCUUGGCCUCUCAGUGGCUUUUUGCCAGGCGCCGCUUGGGGGCAGUCGCAAAUGCCUCAAAAAGAUUCCUUGGACCGAAAUACAGCUUUGUUUCAAGCACAUAGAACUUGCCUUGCCAUGCUACAUACUGCGUCUGCCACUCGAACUUCGUCAACAAAUUUUCUCAUACAUUCUCAAUGAAUAUCAGAGCAGCUAUGCGAAAUUUUACACAUAUUACAGCUUUCUCAAAGUGGCGCGUUUGAAUCGUCAGAUAUUUGAGGAUGCAACUGAUGUCCUCUACCGAAAACUGGUCUGCGAUAUCUUCCUGUCUGGCAAGGAUGUGUACAUCUUGGGAAGAAAAUGCCACUCAAUUCAAACUGGUUCCUGGCAAAGGUUUAAACAACUUACCUUCCAAUUGAAUAUUUCGGUUGAUCAUUCAGGAAGGCAUGGGCCUAUCCUUGAAAAUGUUCAGUUGAUUGCAUCACAUCUUCAGGGUUCCAAUCUCAUCAAGCUCCAUAUUUGUCUUGAUUCGGUGUGGUUUUGGUACACGCGCCGUAGAAGUGUUGAACUUAUUCGCAACUUCUUACCCUCGUACUUGGAUCCAUUUCGGCAGUUGGGGAGGGUGAGGGAGCUUAGUGUCGCGUUGAGCCCGAAGAUGUCAGGCAGGUCGAAUGAAAUCGAAUUGUGGAUGGAAGAUAUGUCAAAUGACUCUGAAGCCAUGGCCAUGGCAAUGGAAUGGAAAAGAUAUUAUGAAGAAUGGACUAAGAACUUGAAGCGGGAGUGCCUGGAGAAAGGCGUAGGAAAAUGCUUUGAAUUCUAAAUCAUGUAAAAUCAAAG